AUGCUUACGCCCAAGAACGGGAGGAGGAAAAACGCUAAAUCAGGGUGCCGCACCUGCAAGCUUCGCAAGGUUAAAUGUGAUGAGCGCAAGCCUUCUUGUCAUAGAUGCAUAUCUGCCGGCCGGGUUUGCGCCGGUUAUGGUAUUUGGGGCGGAGGUGGCAACCAGUAUGGAGACCCAUGUGGCCGCAUACAAUAUCCCAACCCCAAUCUCGUCACUCUGUGCCGGACGCUAUCUCCCCUAGGUGUGAUGACGGCUCGAGAAUCACUGGCCUUCGAAUAUUUCGUGUUUCAGAGCGCCCCACGGCUUCCCGGUGCGUUUGCUUCGCCCUUCUGGACUACACUAGUCUUCCAGGCAAGUUCAAAUGAAGCGGCAGUGCUUUCAGCACUUCUCGCUCUGAGCUUCGCACACAAGAAUAAUUCUCUUCAAAAUGAUCGAAUUGCUGGUAAAGCAUCUCAGCUGGCAGAUGAUCACGAACACUUUAUCCUACAACACUAUAGCAGAGCCAUUAGCCAGCUUCAGGCACAUUUGGCAGCUGGCACCUCAGCCUCCGUCCGAGUGACACUGAUCACCUGUCUCUUAUUUAUCUGCUUGGAGCUGCUCCGCGGACAGUAUAAGUCGGCUGUCUCUCAUCUUGAAUCUGGGCUUAAGCUGUUGAAUAUGCCAAAGUUCUUUCCCGGAGUUGAGAGUACCAUUGAUAGGAUGAAGAGCCCAUAUCGCUUCGAGGAACACUGGAUCGCUGUAACUUUCGGCAGGCUCUAUAUCUCGACAGUCUUGUCGGGACAGAUUUCGCGAGACCUGUAUCCAAUAAGCUAUGAAGCUGAGUUCCCUCAAAUCUUCUGCUCCGUGACGCAAGCACGACACUGCCUCGACCAACUACUAGCAAAAGUUACCAGCUUAAUGUCAAAAACCCGCCAUGCAGGAGCUCUCUCGGAGCACGCAAUUUCCACCACAUUAUCACACAUGCAGAGUGAGUUGAAAUCGGAUUUCUCACGGUGGAAGCAAGUUCAUACCAGCUCCAAGAGCAGUCUUGAAACGAAUUCAUCCUUUUUGGAAUCAUGGGCCUACGAUAUCCUUGAGCAAUACCAUGUUAUGGGCCUAAUCAUGGCAGACACAUGUCUAGAUGAGGCUGGUGAACUAGCUUUUGACUCAUAUACCUUUCAGUUCGCAUCCAUCAUAGAAAACUUUAUCCCGAAGUUGAAAUUUUCUGCAUCCGCCAAGGCAGAGGAAGUUAUACCGGGGUAUACUAGAGGAACUUCGAAAUCUGUUUGUGAUCUAGGCGCCAUUCCGCCCCUGUACUACGUGGCACUAAAAUGUCGUGUCCACCAAAUCAGGCUACAAGCGAUCAAGAUUCUCAGAUUACUGUCCCAUUCAGAAGGCAUAUGGCAUGCAGUUAUAGCGGCAUGCGUAGCGGAGGAAGUCAUGAGAAUUGAGGAAGGAGACUUCUACAAAGCCUUCGAGCUGGAUGACGGAUUCUCACCUUUCGCACCCCCUGUAGUGAAAGACGCUUCACUGCCAGCACUACCACUGGUGCGUCGAAUAUGCCAGGUUCGGGUAAUUCUGCCGAACGAUAUUUCCGAAGGGCUUGUAAUCGAAUGCGAAAAAGUAGGAAAUGGAGGCUCGUCGAACCUUUUGAAGAGGGAGUACAAUUUCAAUAGCCAAUCGUGGAAUGCUGCCUAA